CACGUGGUGCCCCUGCUGCUCGCCUGGCGGCUGCCCUGUGCCAGGUCCCAGCGUUGCGUUUCCUCCAGCCCUGGUCACCCGCUCAGCGAGGUUCCCGCAGUCACUGCUCCAACUGCAGCCACUCGCCUCUCCCUGCUGAGCGGGGCUCAGAGCUGGCUGGGGUCAUUCCCCUCUUCUCACUGGGUACCUCUGAAAGGGGCUGGCUUUGGCCAGCCUCCAGUGGCAGGUGGACCCAAACUCUGGCCCCCUUCUCCCUGCCCCUCCUCAGGGAGCCUCCCCUGCAGCUGGCCACUUUCCAAGCCAGGGGAGAAGUCUGGGGGAGGGGCUAGCUCCCAAAGCUGGAACAGGAGCCCAGCAGGCGAACAGGAGGAUCCCAUGGACAGGAAGGAAACACGUCUCCGGGUGGUGGUCAGGGUUCGGCCCCUGACCUGCCCGGAGCGCCGCAGAGGGGACCAGCGUGUGGUGCACUGCCCUGGGGACAACACCGUCUACGUGAAUGCGGCCGGGCAGGAGGCGGCCUUCAGGUUAAGUGCAGUGUUCGAUGCAGGCACGUCCCAGGAAGGGGUGUUUGAAGGCAGCGGGAUGAAGCGACUCAUAGAGCUGGCAGCGAAUGGGUUCUCCUGCACUGCCUUUGCCUUUGGACAAACAGGCUCUGGAAAGACCUACACGUUAAUGGGCCCCUUAGCCCAGAGUGAGGGCCAGCCGGCGACUCCCUACCUCGGGGGGCUGAUGCAAAGGGCCUUUGUGUGUCUCCUGGAGCAGACGCAGCGCUACAGACCCGGCCUCGUGCUCAGCGCCUCGUAUGUGGAGAUACACAAUGAGCAGGUAAGAGACCUGCUGAGCUCAGGAUCGCCCAGGCCCCUGCCCGUGCGAUGGAGCAAAACCAGGGGCUUCUACAUCGAGAACCUGCUCACUGUGGAGUUUGGGAGCCUGGAGGCCAUCAUGGACCUGCUGCAGGAAGGCACCCAAAGGCGGCGGAGCGCCGCGCAUGCACUGAAUGGGCACUCGAGUCGCAGCCACGCCCUGCUGACCAUCCGCAUCUGCCGCAAGGCUAUGAGCCCAGACCCCAGCUCCUGCCAGAAAGGCGUGCUCUGCUUCGUGGACCUGGCUGGCAGCGAGAGGGUGAAGGACACCGGCUCAGCUGGGGAGCGCUUAGUGGAGGCCAGCAACAUCAACCGCAGUCUCCUGGCUCUGGGGCACUGCAUCUCUCUGCUGGUGGACCCCAGACGGAGGCGGAGUCACAUCCCGUACAGGGACAGCAAGCUCACCCGGCUGCUGGCGGAGUCCCUGGGCGGAUCCGGGAUCACGCUCAUGGUCGCCUGCAUCUCCCCCUCCUCGCGCUGCCUCCCGGAGACACUGCGCACGCUGCGCUUCGCCGGCAGGGCCAAGAAGGUCACCACCAAGCCUGUGGCACACAGGGUGACCCGGGAGAAGCUGCUGCGAAGUUUGGAGCAAGAAAUCCAGGCCCUGCGGGAGGAAAACCUCUCCCUGCGCCAGCAGCUGCGGCUGCCCAGGAUAUUGGGCGAGGGCACAGCCACCCACACAGCCCCCACACAGCUGCCCGAGUGCCAGGGAGAGAGCCAUGCCCCUGGGCAGAGAGGGGCCCCGAGGAGAGCACCCGGCUCGGCCAGGCGCAGUCUCUAUGGCCUCCUGCAGGAGUUUGUGCUGGAGAACGAGCAGCUCAGGCACCUAGAGUCCCCCCCGGCCCUCAGCAGCUGGGGCCAGGCCCGACGCUCCCCCGAAGCUGCCCCCGGCUCCUGCAGCGUCCAGGCCCUGCCCUGCGCCCGCCCUGCCCCCAGCGCAGCCCAGUGUGGCCACCUGCCGCCAUGGGAGGUGCUCACUGCCCAGAGCGGUUCCAGGUUCCAGGGGGCCAGCCAGGGCAGCCCAUGGGAGGACCUGGCUCAGCCCUGGCCCCAGAGCCAGCAGCGCCCUGUGGCUCCCUGGUUACUCCAUGGGAAAAGGAGCCUGGGCCGAAGAAAGAGCUCCACUGGCUCGUGUCUGCUCCUGAGAGACACCCAGCAGCAGGGCCCUGAGCCUCCCCCCGGCCUGGAGGGGCAGGUCGCGCCGUCAGCCCCUCCCCUGCCAGGGCAGCCAGGCAGCAGCACAGGGCGCCAAGCAGCAGGCGCUGACCCCGAGCUGCGGCUGGAGGAGGUGCUGGACUCACUGCAGGAGCAGCUCCAAUACUACAGCCUGCGGGACGCGCGGGACUGA